AUGGGGCAGCGGCCUGGCCCAGGGGCUCAGGAACCAUGGCGGGGCCUGAAGCGCUGCCCCCAGAACGCUGCUACGGGGCUGAGGCCACAGCACGGCCCCGAACACCACGGCGGGGCUGCGCCUCGGGCCACGCUCCCGAACACCGCCCGGGGCAGCGGCCCCGACGCCGCCCUGCUGAAGCAAAAGGCAAACGGCGCGAAUGAGCCCAACGCCGCACGUCCGAAAGAGCCCAGCAAGAAGCAAGUGCCCAAGGAAGGAGGUGCCCAAGGAAAUGCAACCCCCAAGGGGAAGGGGGACACGGUAAAACCCAAAUCUGCGAGUAAGACCAACAGCAGCUCUGCUAAAAGCGAUCCUCCUUUGGAUGCCCCAUCCCGGAGGACUGCGGGGGAUAAGGCUUUGAGUGGCACCGGGAAGGGUGGGAAAGGCUGUAAAGAGAAAAAGAAGAAGAAGAAGAAGAACGGCAAUAUUGAAAAGGAACAGGGUGAUAUAAAACAUAAAAGGAGGAAAGCUGAGGAACAUGUGGAGCCACAGCCAGAGGAGGAUGACAUUUGGUUUGAUGAUGUUGAUCCCAAAGAUAUUGAAGCAGCAAUAGGACCCGAAGCAGCAAAAGUUGCCAGAAGAAAACUGGGACUUGAAACAGGCCAAUCCAAAGAGUCUGUGGAGCAGGUGCUGGUUAAAGAAAAGGCUUCUGAAGGGUUGACCAGAGCUGUGGCCAUGGACUGUGAAAUGGUGGGAGUGGGGCCCAAGGGCGAAGACAGCAUCGUGGCUCGUGUGUCCAUUGUGAACCAGUUUGGAAAGUGCAUUUAUGACAAGUAUGUCAAGCCUACGGAAGAGGUGACUGAUUACAGAACAGCUGUUAGUGGCAUUCGCCCUGAGAAUAUAAAGACAGGAGAGGAUUUUAAAGUUGUUCAGAAGGAGGUUGCUGACAUCUUAAAUGGAAGGAUUUUGGUCGGGCACGCUUUACACAACGACUUAAAGGUCCUAUUUCUUGAUCAUCCUAAGAAGAAAAUUCGUGACACACAAAAAUACAAGCCUUUCAGACAGAGAGUCAAGAAUGUGCGACCGUCACUGAAGCUGCUCUGUGAAAGGCUGCUGGACGUUCGCGUGCAGGCGGCGGAGCACUGCUCGAUUCAGGAUGCACAAGCAGCUAUGAGACUGUACACCUUAGAAAAAAGGCGGUGGGAAGCUGCUCUUAAGGACAAAUCUAAAGUAAAGAAAAAAAAAUAAACUCCAACAUUUGAAU